AUGGCUCAGAUGGCCCCGAACUACGACAUGAACGGGGUUGCAGCCACCACCUUCAACAUGACUGGGGUCGCAGGCCCCACCUUCGAGCCCAUGAAUGGAAUGAUGCCUUCCACCUACGACAGCAUGAAUGGCGUAUCGCCUGCCACCUUCGAGACCAUGAAUGGCAUGAUGCCUUCCACCUACGACAUGAACGGGAUGAUGCCCCCCACCUUCGAUGGCAUGGGCGGGGUCGGGCCUGCCUUCGAUGCCAUGGGCGUCACUGCCCCGGGCUUCGAUGGCAUGAUGCCUGCCCAGCUCAACGCCCAGAUGAACGCCCAAUUCAAUUCCCAGAUGAAUGCACAGGCCCAGAUGCAGAUGAAUGCGCAGAUGAAUGCUCAGAUGUCUGCCCUCCAGAUGUCUGCCCAGGCCCAGCUGCAGAUGCAAUCGCAGCUGCAGCAGCAACAGCAGCAGCAGCAGCUGUCCCAGUACUCGCAACAAGAGAUGGUGGCGCCGGCCACGCAGAGUGAGUUGAAAAGGGACGCCAAACCCUGGGGCUACUCCAAGGCCUUGUCGAAGGCCGUGUCCCAGGCGGUAUCCCAACCCAAGGCACCACCCAAGGCCAAGGCCAAAACAGAAGCCAAGCAACCCGGCCCCGUGCCCAAAACGCAGCCGAAGGCGGCCGGGGCAGCCAAGGCUACGCCCAAGGCCCCGCCGAAAGCGGCACCCAAAUCCGACGGAGUGAUCAAGGACCUUGUGGACGCCACUCCAACCUACACCAAGCAAAAGGCCCCACCCCCACCACCUCUACCACAGUCCGAGACCAAGUCUGGCGGCUGUCCCACCUUAGACGUGCGCUCGGUGGCCCGGCUGCGUCGGGCGCUUCAGUGCGGCUACCUUACACUCAUGGAGCGCUCCACACUCUCGGAAAAGCUGGAGGAGCUCGCCGUCCAGCCUCCCAUCAAGCAGCUGGCCACGGUGAAGAAGUUCCUCAGCCCAAGCUACGAGGACUUUCGCUGGAUCAGCAGCAAAGCCGAGUGGCUACAGCGCUGCCUCAACUACACCCGCACAGGGGGUGAGAGCCACAAGUCCAAACUCGUGUCGACCGCAGCCCGCGAGGGACUCAACAAGGCUUUGGCGUGUCACGGGCUCCAGGCCUUUGCCCUCGACGAGGGGUGCUGGAACACCUUCGAGAUGCUGCCACCACCUCUGCAAGAGAAUGUGGUGAAAGCAGUUCAUCACAGCUUGUUUCUCUCUUCCACACUGAAUCCGUCCGAGCACUUCGUGCACAUCUGUGUGAACGAGGAGGUCAUCUACAACUUGGUUCUGAAUCCUCCACCGAAAGCCGAAUCGGUCCCUGUACAAGCUGCAUGGGACUCCAUGGACGACACCCUGUACCACCAGCUACUGCAGCACAUGCUCUUCCAGCACAGAAAUUCCGAAGACCGGUGUUUGCGGCAGCUAGCUGAGAAUGGUGCACCCACGCCCGGACAGCCAAACAGCCUCCUAUAUGUUCACAUGGCCACCGCAGACGAGCGGAUGAAGGGAUCUGCCGAGGUGCUGUCUCUGCUCCACGCAGCGUCCGCCUGUGGUCUUGCUCGACUUUGCGCGCGGUUCCUUGCCGAGGGCUUGGGCGCCAGUGAGCGUGCUGGUCAUGAGUUGGCCACGCCUCUUCAUCUGGCAGCGGGGCGGGGAGCGCUCGAAUCGGUCAAGGUCCUCCUCUAUGCCAGAGCAGAUGUCCUGGUGACGGAUAAGCAAGGCCGCACACCACUGUACUACGCGGCCACGGCGGCUCAGGAGGAUGCCGCAACUCCAGCCCAGGAGGCACAGCACCAGCUGCAGCUGCAGGUAUGCCAGCAGCUCUUGAACAGCGUGCUGCGAGCGGCACGAGAAGGCUCGGAGUGGGGCGAGGAGGAGAGUUCCGAGCUCGAGAAGUUCGCGGAGACAAAGCAUCACUGGCCGCUUUUGAACCUCUUGAAGCUCAACCAACGCCUUCGACGAAUUGGAAAGCGGAACCCACUUGUUUUGGCCGACAAGGUGAUCCAGGGGAUCUCCGAGUUGCAGUACGAGACGGCGACCUUGCUGCUGUCCUUCUUUGAAGACCCGCCAGACACGGCGGAACCCACGGAGUGCCUGCUGAAGGUGCCAGAUGAGGCAAUGCCAAUUGAGAUGCAAGCUAUUCUUGAGUCCGACUUCAUCCAGCAGCAUGAUCGGCUGCGACGUCAGGCGAACCGGAUGCACAGGAGGUUCGGCCUCUCCAAGAGAUGCCUAGAUGUGUGGGUGAGCCUUCCCUUUGACGUCGCACAAUUUGCCCUGACCCUCUUCGAGGUGGACCAGGUUGCAGAGAAUGUUUUUCGCGUCCCGGAGUCGGAGAUGGAAGAGGAGGCGGCUGAGGAGGACGAGAUCCAGAUCAUGAACGUCGGGGACGAUCCGAAUCGCAUUGUGGGCACCAUCCGCAAGUGGGACACGGAACGCGGGUUUGGCUUCAUCGUCCAAAAUCAGGAGGCCACAGAAGAGGCGGCCGAAGAAGACUACAAGGACAUGGCCGGGGGGGGCGGGGGGGGCGCGUGGUCUUGCUAG